AUGGCGCAGGGGCGGAAGAGCGGCCGUCGGACGAGCGGCCGCAGAGAGGAGCCGGGAAGCCCGCCGGCCGCGCCUGCGCACUGCGCCGCCGACGCCGGCUGGGGAAGGGCAACUGCCCGGAGAGCGUGUGGCCGGCGCGCUCUCGCGAGAACUCGGCCGCGCAGCGGCUGGCUUGAAUCUGGCGGGAGCGCCCGUCCCGGGGCCCCGCCCGGAUCGUGCGGACGCCCAGACGCCCGGGAGUGGCGAGGAAUCUGGCCCCGACGGGCUGAGGGCGGUUGGGGAAGCCGGGGUCCGGGAAGCCCCUCGGCCCGCGUCUGCCCGCGUGGUGGUUCCGGGCUGGACACCGCCAGCGCUCUUCCCACGGUGGCGCGGUGCAGGCUGUACCCCAGAGCCAGCACCCGCGCGGCGGGACCUCCCUUUCCAAGUUCCUGGGCGAAGUCAGGCCGCGGACUGGAUAAACUCAACCGACAGCUGCAACUGGUCACUUACAGCAGCUGAAGCUACCAGACCAACAAGGCAGACACAGAAGCCCAUUGCAACAUCAAUGCUAUGGUCACCAUUGCCACCGAGACCUUUCUUCGUUAUGGUCGGUUAAGGACACUCAUUGCCAGCAUCCGACGCUUCUACUCUACAGUCACCAUAGUCAUCACAGACGACAGCGACAAACCAGAGUGCAUUAGCGACCCCCAUGUGCAGCACUAUCUCAUGCCCUUUGGCAAGGGCUGGUUCGCAGGUGGGAACCUGGCCGUGUCUCAAGUGACCACCAAGUACGUGCUGUGGGUGGACGAUGACUUUGUCUUUACGGCGCGCACGCGGCUGGAAAAGCUUGUGGACGUGCUAGAGCGGACGCAGCUGGACCUGGUUGGGGGCGCGGUGCGCGAUAUAGGCUUUGCCACCACUUACCGGCAGCUGCUGAGCGUGGAACCCUGUGCUCCCGGCCUUGGGAACUGCCUGCGGCAAAAGCGCGGCUUCCACCACGAGCUAGUUGGCUUCCCAAGCUGUGUGGUCACGGAUGGCGGCCUGGCGCGCACGGACAAGGUGCGAGAAGUGGGCUUUGACCCACGCCUCAGCCGCGUGGCACAUCUACAGUUCUUCCUGGAUGGACUCGGUUCACUUCGUGUUGACUCCUGCUCGGACAUCACUGUGGACCAUACAUGGAAGGUGAAGCUGCUGUGGACAUCAAGGGAUGCUGGGGCAGAGACUUAUGCCACCCUACCACAACCGAGGAUCACUGGUGAAAGUCAUGUGGCCAAACACCGCCUGCUCUCUUUCAAACACCGGCUACCAUGUGUGACAGCUGAGUGA